AUGUUCAGCAGAUUGCCACCCGUCAUCUCCUCGGCCAAGGCGGCAAAGGCUCAGCCCCCGAAGCGCAAGAACAGGACCGCACAAAAGGCCAAGGCCAGUGGCAGCUCAUCCAAGUGGUUGCAAGAGUACAGCGAUGUUAGCGAGAAUGACGACAACCACGACGAUGACGAUGACGAUGCCUCAUCCGCAGCAUCUUCAGAGAUUGGCGCGAAUGGUUGGGAUGAGCAUGAGUACGGCACUGCGCGUGGAUGGGGAAGGGAUGCUGCACAGGGUGAAGAAGAUGCGGGCGCAGCGGACAUCAGCAGUCUCGCCAUGAAGAGCUUCAAGCCUGCCAUACGCGCAGGUGCGGGUGCGGGUGUGGGUGACGAUGAGGACGAGGAUCCGUCAAUCUCCACAUCGGCCAGCGAAGCAGAAGAAGACGAGGAGGAGGCCAUUCGAACACGUGAGCGCAUGUCGGCGUCGCUUGCGGCUCACGCUCGUGUCCUGACCUGAAUUGCUCAUACUGCCAUUCCUGGUAGAGAUGCGCAGCGUACCUUUUGGCGCUCUAGCCAAGGCGCAAGCAAAGCUCGAACAAAGCCGCAUCGCGAGGGGCGUCUCUAGUUCCAGUAGCGAGCAGGAUUGGCAAGAUGCCAGGAGCGAAUCGAGCGCAUCGCUGAUGGAGCCGAACGAUGAAGAGGACGAGUGGGAAGCGGAGCGCGAGGCCAAAAGAGCUCAGGUCAGGUUGCAGCUGCAAGCCAUCAAGCCAGCAGGGCUUCAUCAUCGCAAAGAGACGCAGGUAGCGCGGGACACUGUCGAUUCGGAUCGCAGCCGCGCAGAGAUUGCCAGCCGAAUCCACAAGCACGCGUGAGUGUCGCACAAGCAACACGAGGGCGCAUACACUCACCUUUGACGCGCAUACAUUUGCUGCUCGCCCACCAUCUCAGCCCCACCGAGCAAUCUUCGCGCCGACCCGUGUCUCGCAAGCGGCAAGUCGUGGACGUCGCUGCUUCCGUGAGUGGCGUGGCGUGUCGUGCCGUGCGUGCUGCCACUUGCAAACCCCGCAGCUCUGCUGAAUCGCACCAAUUCCACAUCCACAGCGCUCUCGUGAUCCGCGCUUCUCUGCGCUUUCAGGCUCGACGCACAACAAAGCGCUCUUCAAAGCAUCGUAUGGAUUCCUUCGCGAUGUUCAAGCUUCGGAAGUCGGCGACCUGAAAACGACGCUCUCGCGUCUCAACAGGCUGGAGCGCAAUCAUGCUGGUCCAAAGGCGCGGUCUGAACGUGCGCUAGAGAUACGCGAGGAGAAGCGGCGCGUAGAGGAAGCAUUAAGACGUGCGGAAGGGUUGGAGAAUGAGCGCAAGAGGAGGGAGAGGGAGGACGCAGUGCUAGGCGGCUAUAAGCGGGAACAGAGGGAGCGCAAAAGGGCAGGUGGCAAGACGUAUCACCUCACAGAUGGUCAGUGGAUCCGGUCGCUCUCGCUUGGAGAGCGAAAGCGCUUUCUGACGAUGUUUACCGCUGCACUCUCCUUUAUCAGCCGCGAAACGUGCACUGAUCUUGCAAGACAAGUAUGCUCGGCUGUCUGGCGGAAAAGGUGCGAAUGCUACGCCGGUGGGCGGUCGUGGUGUGGGUGAUGCCAGUGCAGCUCCUGCCGGGAAUGCCGAUAGAUCGGCACUGCGCAAGGCUCUGGAGCGUCGCCGCAAGAAGAAUGCGCAAAAGGAGAGAAAGGAGAUGCCUGGCUUUGCGAGGGAUGGUGGUGGCGGUAGCGGGGCUGCAUCGGGCGCCAUGAGCCGCGAGAGGAAGCGAGAAGCUGCCAAGAUCCAGGGCGUGCAUCCUCACAAGCGAGGCAGACGAGGUUGA